AUGGAGAAGAAGUUAAGGAUAAAGAAGAAAGUAUGGAUGGGGAAGAAGUUUGGGAUGGAGAAGAAGUUUGGAAUGGAGAAGAAUCUACUAAGUAUGGAGAAGAAAUUAAGGAAGAAGAAGUUAAGGAAGGAGAAGAACUUUCGGAUGGGAUGGGAUAGGAUAGGAGAUUAUAUAGUUAAGGAUGGAGAAGAAACUUGGGAUGAAGGAGAAGAAGUUAAGGAAGAAGAAGAAGAAGAAGUUUUGGAUGGAGAAGAAGUUAAGGGUAAAGAAGAAAGCAUGGAUGGGGAAGAAGUUUGGGAUGGAGAAGAAGUUUGGGAUGGAGGAGAAGUUUGGAAUGGAGGAGAAGAACCGAAGUAUGGAGAAGAAGUUAAGGAAGAAGAAGUUUAG